UGUAUUGUGUUCAGCUUGACACGUGCUGCUGCUACUGUGCUGCUGCUGUGCUGCACCUGCACCGACCUUGGCUAGUUGAAGAUGGCAGGGAAGGCGUGGAGGUCAUCGAUUCUUAAUCUACUAAGACAGUGGGGUUUGUCGCUCAAUGGCAAGGAUAAAAUCAAGGCUCAGGAAGUGUCACGGGUGGUUGGAGCUUUGAAGAAAGAGACUCCACAACCCAGGACGUUCACGCGUGGGAUUCAAACUGUUACUUUAAUCCCUGGUGAUGGAAUUGGUCCAGAGAUCUCCACUGCUGUAAUGGAGAUAUUUGAUGCAGCUAAAGCACCUAUUCAGUGGGAGGAGAGAAAUGUUACAGCUAUACAAGGACCUGGUGGCAAGUGGAUGAUCCCUCCUGAUGCCAAAGAAUCGAUGGACAGGAACAAAAUUGGCUUAAAAGGUCCUUUGAAGACACCAAUAGCAGCCGGCCAUCCCUCUAUGAACCUGCUGCUGAGGAAAACCUUUGACCUCUAUGCCAAUGUGCGCCCCUGUGUGUCCAUUGAGGGCUACAAGACCCCCUACACUGAUGUGAACCUGGUCACCAUCAGGGAGAACACUGAGGGAGAAUACAGUGGGAUUGAACAUUUGAUUGUUGAUGGAGUUGUACAGAGUAUUAAGCUCAUUACAGAGCAAGCCAGCCAACGCAUUGCAGAGUAUGCUUUUGAAUAUGCCAGAAAUAAUCAGAGGGCCAGUGUUACUGCUGUUCAUAAGGCCAAUAUUAUGCGCAUGUCUGAUGGGCUUUUCCUACGAAAAUGCAGAGAGGCUGCUGAAAAGCACAAAGAUGUGAAAUUCACUGAGAUGUACUUGGAUACUGUGUGCCUUAAUAUGGUACAGGAUCCCACUCAGUUUGAUGUAUUAGUGAUGCCAAAUUUGUAUGGAGACAUCUUAAGUGAUCUUUGUGCAGGACUAAUUGGAGGUCUUGGAGUGACUCCUAGUGGAAACAUUGGAGCCAAUGGUGUUGCCAUAUUUGAGUCGGUUCAUGGAACUGCCCCAGAUAUAGCAGGAAAAGACAUGGCCAACCCCACUGCCUUGCUGCUCAGUGCAGUCAUGAUGUUGCGGCACAUGGGCCUGCAUGGCCACGCCAAGAAGAUUGAAACUGCCUGCUUUGACAUCAUUCGAGACAAAAAGGUUCUAACAAAAGACCUGGGAGGAAACUCAAAGUGCUCAGAAUUCACAAAAGCAAUAUGUCAACGAGUGCGGGAUCUGGACUAAAAUUAUGCUAAUAAGACCACAAGUUAACUUUUAGGGUCUCUUUACUUCAUCAUGUCACAUUGUAUCUGUACAUUUCAAACCAUAUGUAUUUAAAAAAAAAAAAAGACUCAGGCGUUAGAGAUCCUGAAUGUUUUAUUAUUCCCUCUGCACACUCCAAAGCACUGUCUUAAACUCUUGAAACAAUUACUGUAAAUGUAUUUAAUUUCUGAACUAUUUAAUCUGUGGUGGAUAUUGCCUAUUUAUUGGCUGAAAUCGGCCUCUUGUCUAAUGUAAUUGACACUGUUACAGUAUUUUGACAUAAACGAUGCAAUCCGUAACCUCCAUGAUCAUUUGAGAAACACUCAAAACAUUUGUCAACAAGUCAAACUCUUCCAUUAGGUUUGUGGAUAUAUUUCACAUUCAAGUCAUGAAAAAAAGAUGAUUUAAACAUAAUCAGGCUUCUGUAAUAUGAAAGUGGCAGAUGUGUUGCACUAAGUCUUUCAUGUCAUACUGUUUUUCUUUCUGCAAAUAGGUAUAUAUAAAGAAAAACGAAUAUAACAAUAUCAGAAAUGUCAGACUUUUUUUUCUACUUGCUAUUGUUUUCUGUUGUGAAGCACUUUGUGACGUCCGCUCUUAAAACGUGCAAUACAAAUAAUAUUAUUAUUCAGUGUUAUGCAAAUGACUUGUGGGUGUCACAAGCCCUUGUCAGCUGCUAUGAUAAUGACCCAUGUAAUUAAAUACCUGGUGAAAGUUA